AUGGCACUGCAAUCAUCGAAACGUGCGCGUGACUAUGGACUGCGGUUCGGUGUACUUCCGACUGGACCACUAAAUAUGAUUACUGAUGUGCCAGGUGUUCGAGUAGGCCAGGUAACACUCAAUGAGGAGUAUCACAUACACACAGGUGUCACAGCUAUCCUACCUCAUGAUGGAAAUCAGUUUCAAGAGAAGAGUCCAGCAGCUAUCUACAUUGGUAAUGGUUUUGGCAAGCUAGUAGGGUAUACGCAAAUCGAGGAACUCGGGACACUUGAGACGCCAAUCAUCUUAACAAAUACACUUAGUGUCCCAACGGCUGCUGACGCUCUAAUUGACCAUACGUUAACACAGCCGGGUAAUGAAAAGGUUCGCUCAGUCAAUCCACUUGUGGGAGAGACGAAUGAUGGAUUUCUUAACGAUAUUUGUGGCAGACAUAUUUCAAAAGAACAUGUACUAAAUGCCAUUCAUCAAGCAACAACUGGUUAUGUAGAAGAAGGUAAUGUCGGUGCUGGUACAGGUACCGUAUGUUUUGGUUUCAAAGGUGGUAUUGGAACAUCAUCUCGAAAACUACCACCGUCGCUGGGUGAGUUCACCCUUGGAGUUCUCGUCCAAACGAACUUCGAAGGCGUACUACGUGUCGCUGGACUACCUGUAGGUAUUGAACUGGGUUCUUAUUCUUUUAAAGAAAACCUUGAUGGUUCAUGUAUGAUUAUUGUCAUUAUCGACGCUCCAUUGGAUGCACGUAAUCUCAAGCGUUUGGCUAAACGGGCCUUCAUGGGACUGGCGCAAACAGGUGGUAUUGGAUCAAAUGGCAGUGGUGAUUAUGCUACUGCUGUCUCAACUGCAUAUCGUAUUUCACACGAAUCAUCGAGUUUAUUUGAUGAAGUCAAAUUAUUACGUAACGACAAUGUCUCACCUUUGUUCAUGGCUGCAAUGGAAGCGACAGAAGAGGCAAUAAUUAAUUCGCUCUUUGCCGGACAAACACUUACUGGCUAUGAGAGACACGAGGUGCAUCAAUUACCUGUGGACAAAGUCGUUGAAUUACUAAAAAAGUUGACAUAG